GCGCGGCUUCCGGGAGCGCGCACGUCCCAGAGUCCGGGCCGAUCGCCGGGGCUGCGGCCGCGCACGUCGGCCCGCGCUGGUUACUCUUCCGCGCGUCGGCCCGACCCUGGGGACCCAGGCCCAUGUGGAAGUUGCUCCCCACUGCGGGCCCGGCCCGAGAACCAUACAGACUUUUGGUUGGUGUUGAGUACAUUGUUGGAAGGAAAAACUGUGGCAUUCUAAUUGAAGAUGAUCAGUCAAUCAGUCGAAAUCAUGCUGUAUUAACUGCUGACUUUUCUGUAACCAACCUGAGCCAAACAGAUGAAAUCCCUAUAUUGACAAUAAAAGAUAAUUCUAAGUAUGGUACCUUUGUUAAUGAUGAAAAAAUGCAGAAUGGCCUUUCCCGAAUUUUGAAAACAGGAGAUAGAGUUACCUUUGGAGUGUUUGAAAGUAAAUUCAGAGUAGAGUAUGAACCUUUGGUUGCAUGCUCUUCUUGUUUAGAUGUCUCUGGGAAAACUGCUCUAAGUCAAGCUAUAUUGCAACUUGGAGGACUUACUGUAAACAAUUGGACAGAGGAAUGUACUCACCUUGUCAUGGUAUCAGUUAAAGUUACCAUUAAAACAAUAUGUGCACUCAUUUGUGGGCGUCCGAUUGUAAAACCAGAAUAUUUUACUGAAUUUCUUAAAGCAGUUCAGUCCAAGAAACAGCCUCCAGAAAUUGAAAGUUUUUACGCACCUAUUGAUGAACCAGCUAUUGAAAGUAAAAAUAUUGAUCUGUCAGGACGACAGGAAAGAAAACAAAUCUUCAAAGGGAAAACAUUUGUCUUUCUAAAUGCCAAACAGCAUAAAAAAUUAAGUGCAGCAGUUACAUUUGGAGGAGGACAUGCUAGGUUGAUAACAGAAGAAAAUGAAGAAGAAGAUAGUUUCUUUUCAGCUCCUGGAACUUGUGUUGUUGAUGUAGGAAUAACAAAUUCACAAACCUUAAUUCCUGACUCUCAGAAAAAAUGGAUUCAUUCAAUUAUGGAUAUACUCCAAAGGCAGGGUCUUAGACCUAUUCCUGAAGCAGAAAUUGGAUUGGCAGUUAUUUUCAUUACUACAGAGAAUUACUGUGAUCCUCAGGGCCAGCCCAGUACAGGAUUGAAGACAACUUCAGGUCCAAGCCUUUCCCAAGUUUUACCAGCUGAUGAAAACUUAAUGCCAGGUGUCCCUGUGAAUACCACAACAUAUGUAGCUGAUACAGAACAAGAAGAUACAUGUAUGGAUUUGAAUGAAAGGCCAAAAGAAAUCAAAAUCUUCAGAAUGGAACAAAAAUACAGAAUACCUUCACAAGAAACAUCCACUGUGAAGGAACCCCACAAAAUAAGCUCUAGUAAUAAUAAUAUAGUAUCUAAUACUCUGGUUAGGAUGAAAAUCCCAAACUAUCAGCUUUCACCAACUAAAUUCCCAGGUGUAAAUAAAAGUAGAGAUCUGGCUUCUCAGCAUCAGCAAACCAACUCCAUCAAAAACUACUUUCAGCCAGCUACCAAAAAGAGGGAAAGGGAUGAAGAAAAUCAAGAAAUGUCUUUAUCCAAAUCGGCAAGGAUAGAAAUGUCUUGUUCUCUUUUAGAACAAACACAACCUACUACAUCUUCAAUAUGGAACAGUAAGGAGCAGCAUCUGUGUCAGAAUGAGCCUGUGGGGAAAAAAACAGAUAAUUCAUAUGCAGAUACAGAUUUCAAAUCCACUGUGAAAAAAUCUGCUAAUAAAUCUCUUUCUACAGAAAAGCUAAUAUCAGAAAAAAGAAAAGAAAUUGAUGAUUUAGCUAUAGAAGAUGAGGUACUAGAACAGUUAUUCAAGAACACAGCACCAGAUUUAGAAGUUGAAGUGAAAGUUCAAAAACAAGAGGAAGAUGUCAAUAUUAGAAAAAGGCCAAAAUUGGAUAUAGAAACAAAUGGCAUUUCUAAUGAUGAAGCAGUACCAGAAACUAACAAAAUCUCUCAAGAAAGUGAAAUUGGGAAGAAGUGUGAGCUCAAGAAAGAAUCACUCUGGUCAACUAAAGGACUAUUUAACAAUGAUGAACUUCAGGAUGAUGGGGAGAUGCUUCCAAGGAAGGUGUUGCUGACUGAAUUUAGGUCACUGGUGGUUCGUAACUCUACCUCCAGAAAUGCAUCCAGUGUAAAUAAUGAUUAUGGUGAGCGAAAGAAUUUCAAGAAGUUCAAAAAGGUCACAUUUCCUGGAGCAGGAAAACUUCCACACAUCAUUGGAGGAUCAGAUCUAAUAGCUCAUCAUGCUCGAAAGAAUACGGAAUUAGAAGAGUGGUUGAGGCAGGAAAUGGAGGUGCAGAAUCAGCAUGCAAAAGAAGACUCUCUUGCGGAUGAACUCUUCAGAUAUAAUCCUAAUGUAAAAAGGAGAAGAUGACAGGGUUUUAUGAAGAAGCCAUGGAAAAACAUUUCCUAUCAUUCCUCUGGAAUACAUACAUAUAGUAUUUAGAAGAUUUAAGUUUAUGGCCUAAAUUUGUUAAAUAAAGUGCACAAAACUCCAUUUCUUUUGUGUGUGACAAUUAGUAUUAUUUGUUCUGUUUUCAGUCUUUGUCAUCUCAUCUUUUAUAAUAAUUUUUUUUCAUUUUUAAAUGUUAUUUUAACUUAUUGAAUAGUUAAUAUAGUCACAGUUCAAAAUUCUAAAAGUAUAAAAGGGUAAAAGUUUUAAAAAUCUCCCUUCCACCACUGUCCUAGCUAUUUGUUUCCCCUCCUCUGAGAAAAAUCCAUGAUACUCACUUUUUAUGAGUCUUUACAGAGAUUUUUAAUGCCUAUUCAAGUUUCUCUGCAUAUCAUUUUUCAAUAAUUUUCUAUAAAAAUGAUAGCAUAAUCUAUACAGUGUUCUGUACCUUAUUCUUUUUCACUUACUGGAUUGGAAGGUUAUGGUCAUAUCAAAACAUAAUUUUUUUCUUUUUAUUAUUUUUUUCUUUUACAAUAUGCUGUAGUCUUC